AUGUCAAUGAAAAAGUAAUUCACAGGUGGUAAAACAUCGAGAUCAAAUAGCAAACAAUCUACUGGCAAUCCAAUGUCAGUAAGAAAACGAUUUUCCUCUUUAUGUUCACCGUAAUUUAUGUGAUUUUAAAUGGUGAAUAGGCCCAACAACUAGAACCAAACUCCUUGCGUGUUUUGUCAAAAGUUCAAAGACUGCAAAGAAGAAUCCUAUGCUCCACUUUUAAACAAAGCAUUAUUCGCUAAAUAUUCGUCAUCCUAAAACUAUUAUUAUUCAAAGGACAUCAACGAUAUCAUAGAGGAGGAGUCAACGCCCGCAGUUGUAUUUUAUAGGGAUUUGGAAAGUAUGAUCGAAGAGGAGGAGUAUUUGAAAAGGUAAGAAUGAUACAAUAAGUUUAGAUCUUAUGUAAAAAAAGAGGCAUAAUAAAAAGUCAAGGCAUUGCAGGAAUACUACAAAUAUCACAAAGACAUCCCUCGCUUGUUUAUGCAAAAUGUUUAUCUGACCAUAAAUAAGUUCCACGAAAAGAAGAGGAGAUUGGAAUAUGCAAACAUUAAGAGAAAAUUGAACAUUCUAGAUGAGGACGUUGUAAUACAAUCACUAAAUCUAGUAACCAUCCAAAAAGAAAGAGAAGAAGAAAUAAAAGCAUAGUGAUGAAGAUCUAACUAUAGGAUAGUUGAAAUAUCUAUUGAAAGACUUAAAAUUGGACACUAACUCUUAUCUCCAAAAAAAGGUAGACAUCUCUUGUAGUGUCUAAUUGAGAGAAUUCAUAUAGUAAGUUGGCUAAAAAUAUGAUUGUCUUGGAUAAAUAUCAGGAUUAUUGUCUAUUGAUUAAAGCAACAGUUUUCUCUUAAGAUCAUAGGAUCUCUCAACAAUAACUAAAAAUCUAAAAUCUAAUUACAUUACUAAUCUUAAACCAAAGGUUAAUAAAAGCUCUCAAUUACAGAAUUUUGAUUCAAAAACUACUCAUCAAGUCAGCUGUUAAGGUAGUAAUGAUAAAAUCAAUAUGAAUCGAUUGCAGUUCAAUUAAGGCGAGGUCUCUUCUUUAAAAGCUGAGAAUUCCAUUAAGGCUGGGGAAUCGACCAAAAGAUCAAAUUAAGAAUAAUCUCCUUUGAGAAGUACAUAAUAAUCGUAAUUAAUGCAAAAAGUGUACUCCCAAAUUGAAGGUUUUGCAAACUUUGUUCAAUAAUAGUAAACUAUGUAGAAACAAUAAAAAGCUAAUAACUGCUAGAAAUCGAAUUCUCAACGAAAAGUGAGUGGCAAUUUCAAUGCAACAGAAUGUUAAUUCAGAUUACCAAGUAGAUAAAAUUCAAACUAAAAGUAGUCAGCUGAUUUGUUAUCUUAUUAAGUGAAUUUCUUGUAAUUAUUAUUGAUAAUCCAUUAAUAGAAGAACCAGAGUUGCCUCAUAACUUUAAAAAUACGAAGAUGAUAUUAAAAGUAUUAUAAAUAUAUUAAUUAGGUAAACAACCUUUGGCCACUGAUAGAGUCUAGAGACAGAGUGUAUAUAAUACUGGAGAAUAGACUUUACAGAAAACAACAUCUAAAAACAUGUAUUAUUUAAUAUACACAUUUAUGUAGAUAAAAAUUACCACAAAAAUUCACAUAGUAUGCUCUAUCUACUUUAAAAGGAUUGCAAGUCAAGAAUUCUGAUUAAAAAAAGAAAUCCACUUUAAUUUCAAAUAAUAAUCUGUAGGCUCCCAUUCUUAAUGCCUAAUUGAUGCACUACAGGACAAAAUCUUAAGAUGCUAUAGGAAAUUACAAGGGGUCUCCUCCAAAAUAGACAUAAAAACACGAAAAUUCUAAGGAUCCGUUAAGGAUUACAAAUAAUAUUUGUGUGCAAGGUUCAACCAAAAAGGGAGGCGGUGUGUACAAUAUCAACUAGAAUAAUAUAGUUAAUAUUUAUAUUGAAGAUCUAAAAUCAUCAACCAAGUUAAAAUAAGGAGGAGGCUCAUAAACUGCUCGAAUCAACAGUCCCUUAAAAAGUAAUCCUAAAUUCGAAGUCUAUCAUACGUAAAGAUCCAAUUUGAGUCCUGUAAGCAAAAAAAUGGCUUGA